GGCUUGUUUUUAGUAGCAAGGUCGUUCUUUGUGUCAAAAAAUCUACUUCUUGUGACGAAUAAUUCAUUUUAAAUAUUUACUUGUUAAUAUAGUGACUGACUAUUUUGUGUUCAAUUACAUAGUUCAUAGUGCGCGUAUGUUGUGUAGCAGCUUCUAAGUUUUAGAACAAUCUGUUUACUCGGAACGCUCCAAUGAGUUUGGGAGGAGGUCAGAACUCUGAGGGAUCAAAUGCAGGAGGAAUAUUCGUUCAAUUCAAUCAGGAUUGCACGUCCCUGGUAGCAGGCAGCAGCAGCGGCUACCAUCUCUUUGCGUUGACCCCUGACGAUGGCAUUGAAGAAAUUUACGCAAGCCGCUCCGGCCAGGACACAUGCCUGGUGGACCGGCUUUUCAGCAGCUCAUUGGUGGCGAUCGUCACGGUAUCAGCUCCCAGGAAGCUGAUCGUGUGCCACUACAAGAAGGGCACGGAGAUAUGCAACUACAGCUACAGCAACACGAUCCUUGCUGUCAAGCUGAAUCGAUCUAGGCUGAUCGUGUGCCUGGAGGAGUCGCUGCACAUCCACAACAUCCGCGACAUGAAGAUCCUGCACACCAUCCGCGACACGCCGCCCAACCCGCGCGGGCUGUGCGCGCUGUCGCCGUGCGUGGAGCACUGCUACGUGGCCUACCCCGGCUCCAGCGCCGUGGGCGAGGUGCAGAUCUUCGACGCCGUGCACCUCAACGCCAAGUGCGUCAUCAGCGCGCACGACAGCCCGCUCGUGGCGCUGGCCUGGAGCAUGUGCGGCCGCCGCCUGGCCACGGCGUCCGAGCGCGGCACCGUCAUCCGCGUGUUCAGCGUGCCCGAGCGCGCGCGCCUGCACGAGUUCCGGCGCGGGCUCAAGCGCUGCGUGUCCAUCGCCUGCCUGGCCUUCAGCGCCUGCGGGCUGUACCUGGCCGCCACCUCCAACACCGAGACCGUGCACGUGUUCCGCCUGCAGGAGGGCGCGGCCGGCGACGACGCGGGCGCGGAGGAGGCGGCCGCGCCCGACGCCGCCGCCACCUGGAUGGGAUGGAUCUCACAGGCCGUGACGGCCGGCAAGACGUACCUGCCGGCGCAGGUGGCCGACGUGCUGGCGCAGGGCCGCGCCUUCGCCGCCGCGCGCCUGCCCGCCACCGGCCACCGCGCCGUCGCCGCCAUCACCAACGUGGCGCGCGCGCCGCGGCUGCUGGUGGCCACGGCGGCCGGCGUGCUGUACGUGUACGCGCUGGACGCGGCCGAGGGCGGCGAGUGCGCGCUGCUGCGCCAGCACCAGUUCCUGCACGCGCCCGCGCCCGCGCCCGAGCCGCACGCGCCGCUCGCGGCCCACGAAGCGGCGGCGGGCAACAGUUACGCGGGCGCGCUGCGCGGCCGGGACCCCACGCGGAUGACAGGGCGCGCGGGCGCCGGCUGUGAGCGCGCUGUGUGUGCAGAGUCGGAGCGCGCGGCCGAGCUGGGCGCCGCGCUGGACGCGCCGCCGCGCGGGCCCUACGACCUGCGCGACCCGCGCCACUUCCCGCCCAUGCGCGCCGCCGACGAGCCCGCCGCCGCCGCCGCCGCCGCCGCGCAGUAGCCGCGCCGCCGGGAACUCCGCGACCUCCUAUAUUCCGUUCGUUUUUUUUUCAUGAGCGAAACCUCAACCUACGAUCCGUACCGGUCGACCCUCGAUCCGUCCUGUGGACGUUGGUCUUUUUAUGUAAUUGUCUUAUAGAAAGGCGGCCGUGUCUCCCGUUUUGAGGUUUCACAUUAUUUAAAAAAACCGUGUGACGCUCAAUACUUUGUUCCGUGGAUUCCGCUCCUGCUGAAUGACCAGAGCCCCGAUUACGGUAACUUUUAACGUCUACAAUCCAGACACGCUUCAUCGAUUCUGCGAUACGAUUGGUCAAAACAGCUGACGUACGCUGUUGAACGACCAAUCGUAUCGCAGAAUCGAGAAGCGUGUCUGGAUUGGAAACGUUAAAAGUUACCGUAAUCGGGGCUCAGAGUGUGAACUGUUCUUUUUUUUUAAUCUUAAACGACCAUUGACGACGUAUUGAGUCUUACCAAAAAAUCUAAAUAUUUUUAAAAAUUAUUUUGUCGACUGUUGUAAAUAAAAUGAAUGGAUGUAUUACUCUACACUGCAUAUUUUUUUAUAUAUUGAACAUUAUGUUUUUAAAAAUAUUGUAUUGGAAUAGCUGAAGUAAGCGCCACUUUAACUUUUAGUAUUACUUGUGAAAUACACUUUACAUAAUAAUUGAUAAUACUAUUUUAGCGAACGUGUCCCGAAAUAUUUCUGUUGGUAGAACACUGCCGUGGCUCUCGGUCACGCGGAUAACGAACGGACUAUAUGCAGCGACGUAGAUUGGUCCUUCAAAUCAGAUUUUUGUGAAUGUAACAAAAAUACUGUAAAAAUAAUUAGUGAUUAAUUAUUUACAUUCCCACGAUGUCUUUCAAGUUAUCGAAACUAUUUUUGUAUAUUUCGGAAAUGAUUCAAGGGUACAUAUCAAGAAGUAUUUUUUUAUAUAAUUUGCAUAAAUUAGGCAAGCCAGUGGAGCCACGAGAUACUCUCGCUCGACCUACAUAACCUUUUUGUGUUACUAAAAUAAAUAACAAAGCAAACAUAUUUUUCUCCGGCUGAAUAACGAUUUCUUUUAGGCAUGGCAGAAUUUUUGGAAAUAAAUUAAAUACGGCAAUCGCAAAGAUGCGUCGAAGUAAUAAAGCUUCAGUCGAGUUCAGUCACAGCUGUCGCGGUGCAGAUUUGAAAGACAUCCGUGGGCGGCGACAUCAGCGCCCCUGUACAUAUUGUGUAACUAUAGAGCCUUGUAUUAUAGAGUAUAGCGUCGGCCUCCCGCCCGGACGCUGCGGCGAGCGGCUUGCUCGCUGUCCCGCGCGGGGCCGAGCUGUCGGUGCUCGCGGACGCGCCGCAGUCGAGGAGCAUCCCGAGCGUAUCGCUUGUAAUGCAUCAUUGGAUUAUAUCUUUAGUUAAACAUAAUAUGAAUAAGCAUUAGAAUGCAUGUUUUUAUGAAUUCAUAAACGAUAUUUUUAAAGUACAUAAUAAUCGAUUGGUCUCUUAUAUGUAUUCAUAGAUACAUUACACGUGGUAUUGCUAAAAAAGAGCUACGUCCCCGCUGGCGUUGCCUUUUCUAUUGUAUCUAUCCGAACGCACGUUCUAUAUUAUUUUUUAACAUUUGAUUUUUGUUUUUACUAGUGUAUAAUUACCCUAACAUUGCAAAAAGAAAUGCUGUGUAUACCUGUAAUUGAGGUCAUAUACGUAUCAUGUGUUAAACCAUGUUAAAAUUUAUGAACUGUAUUAUGUAUGUGACUUUGUUGGUGUACCUAAUAAAUAAAUAAAUAAACAUGACAAAAAUUAUGUGAUCGUUUACAAGGUCUAAAUAAAAGAUGUAGAAUGUGUGUGAUGUGAUAAUGAAGCAGCUCCGGGCCGCAGCGGGGCCGAGCCCGCGCCGCGUGACGUCACGCGCCCGCCGCCUCGUGCGCCGCGUGACGUCACGCACCCGCCGCCUCGUGCGCCGCGCUCAGUCCUUCGCGCGAAACUUAACUUUCAUCGGCACUGACGAUGCGGCUGAGAGAUUUCCUUUUGUAGAAUUCAGACUAUAGUAUAGCGUUAUCGAUAUUCAUGUAACUAAUAUCUCGGAUCGUCGGGAGUGCCAUGUCUAUUUGACUUUUUAAAAGAAAUAACAUCGCAGUAAAUAAAGGAAAAAGCGCACCAAAAAUAUCCACCACAGAGUACAGAGCGCACGAGGCGGGGCCGCGGUGCUCCUCGACGCCGCACGCUCGCGCCCGGGCGCCGGCGUCGCGAGCGUGUGUGCUGCUAGAUACAAAAUUGUAUAUAAUAAUGAAUAAAUAUUUUUACAAAAGCA